AUGGAGAAAAUAAAUUACGAUAAAAGGUUCAAAUCGAGUUGCGUUUUUAAUCAAUCAAAUAAGCAAUUUGUCUCACUGGAAAAAAAACAAGCACGGCAGUACAACAAGCACCUACAAAAGGUUUUGAACGCAUUCAUAAGAAAAGCGAUGGAAAUUGAUCCCUUAUUCAACGCCUGUUAUAGACAGACUGACUAUGUAGGAAGUUACUAUCAAGGUCUCAAAGUAGGCGUACCAGAUGAAUAUGAUUUGAAUAUCAUUUUAAAACUACCGAUUUCAUACGAAGACUUGACGAUUUUAAUUGCUUCCGAGAAGCCAGGAUACAUAAAAAUUGGAACAAAGUCUGAUAUUUUACCAAAUUUACAAAAACAUGAUAGAUGGCCAGAGUAUAAGCGCAUGCUCAAAUGGCUUGACGAAUCAAAUAUGUGUCUUGAUCAAAACAAGUUCCGUCAGUGGUUUGAAUCACUUGUGGUCAGGACUUUUCAAGAAUUUCAGCCCAUUGAUGAAGAUGAUUACACAUCAAUAUCAGUUACAAAAAAAUACGUGCUGCGUCACAAGAAAAGUGGGCCAGCGCUAACUUUGAAGAUAGAUGUAUCUCACCAGUACAGCAUAGAUGUGGAUCUCGUUCCGGUACUUCAAUUUCAAACUGCACUUCCUUCGCCGUUUAGGGAUCAUACUUAUACGAAACAGAGAUGGUUGGCCAUAGCGAAACCGUUGGAGUGCCCCAAUGAUAAUAUACUGUGGAGACCAAGUUACUAUGAAAGAGAACGAAAAAUUUUGAAGAGGAACGGCCAAUUGAAACCAAUCAUAAGGCAAAUGAAGAAAUUUCGGGAUACACAAGAAUUCAAGAGCAUUGCCAGUUACCAUAUUACAACUCUGUUCCUUUGGGAAUUAGAGGAACAAAGUUAUAACCAACAGUUACAAAGACUGCCACCCACAUUUUUAUUUUACCAUAUGUUGAAAAGAUUUCAAGAAGCCUGCGAGAAGCGAGAAAUACGCAAUUUUUGGUAUCCAAAAAAUAAUCUACUGUGCAAUAUUGCCGAAACAAAAUUAUCACAUAUCAAUUACAAAUUGAUUGACAUUAUAAAACAGAUCGAAGAACAAAUUGAAACUAACAAGUAUAUCAUUGCAGAAUAUGUAUUGAACGAUGAUGAAGUGAAGCGCUUGAAAUCGCUUCCAUCAAUUGGAAGAGUAUCGCGCUAA